GAAGCCAUCAAUCGAUAUCCAGAUUUUAGUUUACUUGCAGUCUGCAUUAAUUUUUGUCGAGAGUCUCUACGACUCGGAAUUGAACUGUUCAUAUCGAGCGUCAUCACUUUUUUUUCUUUAUUUGUUUUGUUUUUGUUUCAUCCAUUUGUUUUAAAUUUGUUGUUAAACAGUGUAAAUACGUUUUUUGUAUUGUUUUUAUUUCUGUAAAUACACCAGGAUGGAACUUAAUUCUCUUCUACUUCUUCUUGAGGCAGCAGAGUAUUUGGAAAGAAGAGACAGAGAAGCUGAACACGGUUAUGCGUCUGUUUUGCCGUAUGAUAGCGACUUUUCCAGAAAGAAAACUAAAUCUUCUCCCAUUUCAAGAAAAAACCACAACAAUAGGUCAUCACACAAUGAGCUGGAAAAACACAGACGUGCCAAACUGCGAUUGUACCUGGAGCAGUUAAAACAGCUUGUGCCUUUGGGUCCUGAUAGCACCCGUCACACCACACUGAGCCUGCUCAAACGCGCCAAAAUGCACAUCAAGAAGCUGGAGGAACAGGACAGGAAGGCUCUAAACAUGAAGGAGCAACUGCAGAGAGAACAUCGCUACCUCAAACGGCGUCUGGAGCAGCUCUCUGUACAGGGCUUAGAGCGCAUUCGCACUGACAGCAUGGGCUCCACCAUCUCCACUGACUCUGAGCAAGAAGUGGACAUUGACAUAGAGGGAAUGGAGUUCACGCCAGGUGAGGGUGAUAGUGUGGACAGUGUUAGCGAUGGUGAGGACCACUACAGCCUGCAGAGCAGCUCCAGCGAUGGAGGCCACCAUUCACAUUCCCACAGAUUACAGGCUCACAUCUGCUAGGCCGUGUCAGAAGGCAACAGUGUGUCACCUCCAACAUACCCAUCAGCCACUCCCAGCUGGCAGGAAGCACCUGGCUGAUUUCCACUCCUCAGAAAACUCUCUCUCCCCUCUCAACCCUUGCAACACUUUAUAUCAGACCCCCCUCCAACCCCACAAAUACACACAGACAAGCAAUAUGUGGUUUUAGUGAGAACAUGUGGUGUGGUAAUGCAGUUUUCACUUGUCUGUUUUGCUGCUGUGUGAAAUUGUGGCUCUGUUCCUAAACCUAGUAACUGCCUUGCUGUCUAUCAUCUACAUUGGCAGUCUACAUUGGUAUCAUCUAAGGCAGUAUCUUAACUGAAAUUGAUCAAAAUUAUAAAACACUAUAUAGGCUUGCUUAUGUGCAUCACUCACAUAACUCACAUUUUAAUCAAAUAUAUCCAAUUCCCAUUGGAAUUCCAAGCCACCACAGGCGAGGGCAACACAUUUACCCACAAAGAUAACUUCUCUUAAUGUGGAGCACACAUGCCUGUGCACCCUCACACAAAAACUUGCAGCUUCUUUUACUGAGGCAAAAAUUUAUAAAUAGAAGAUUGCACACACACACACACACACACAGGAACACAGAACCUUGUUUUGAGCCGCUGCCCUGUGAAUUUUAUAAAUAAAAUAGCUUCACUACUGAAAGCUACAAUAUAUUUUUCAGCAACAAAGGGGAUAACGUUGCUGUUUUUGAAGCCAUUAAACUCACAGCUUCACUAUAUAAACUAGAUGCAAGUAAAUCACAUGCACAGUCUCUUUAUCGAAUACAUUCAAAUAAUCUUAGAAGGUUAGAUCCAAGUUACAAGUUGUUACAAGAUACAAGUUGUGUCUUAAAUGACUAAACAAGUGGGACAAAAAAUCGGAUAUGGUCAAAAGAUCACAUCUGUGCAUUAAGCCUUGUACUGUAAACACAGCCUUUGACUGUUCCAAAAAGUUGGAAGUUAGACUAUAAUAUCUAAAAAUGUUGUCUAUCUAGGCAGCUUGCUAGUUUUGGGAAUAGAGCUUGCUUGUGUGCCAGUUCAUUUUGCACAAUGGGCUUGAACAGAAUUCUUGUGUUUCUUGAAACUGCAAGACAUAGCAUUAAGCACAUUAAUAGACUCCUUAAUAGACUAAUGGAAAGGGAGCAAAAGGCUAAAACUUCAGGGUACUUCUAGGAAUCAGUGGUUUCUAUUUCAGAUUAAAAAAUGUUAUGUUCUCACCACACAGUUAAAAUGACCUUGAAGUUCAUUAAUUUGUUACUUUUUUGUGAAAGAAGAAAGAAUAUUAAUAUCUAAUGGCUGAUUACUUGUGUAAUUAAUUAAAACACUCAGUUGCGACAGGAACAAAAAAAAUGGUGCUGUCCAGAUGCAUCACUACGACAGUCUGUUGUCAAUACUUUUAGUAGUAAAUUAUGUAGCAAUAAACUUGGAAAGCUACAGCUUUCUAAUGCAGUGAAAUGAUUCUGCACCAAGCCUGAAAAACUUGAGAAGAUAAGUAGUUUUGUGAGUACUUGUACAACUAUCUUUGUGAAGACAGGUUUGAAUUUUAGUGGAGUGAGGACAAAGAGAGUAAAGUGAGAACAUUUUGGCCAGUCCUCAAUUUCUGACACUCUUUUAAAGACCUGUUUGAGGGUCAAGACUUGGUUUUAGGGAUAAGGUUAUAAUUAGGUUAAGGAUAGGUUUAGGGUAAGUGUUCAGGUUAGGCACUUAGUUGUGAUGGGUAGGGUUAGUGCAAGGAGCUAGAGAUGUCCUCACAGAGAUAGAUGUACAAGUGUGUGUGUGUGUGUGUGUGGCCAGCAAUGAAACUGACAAGUCAAAACUGUAUGACUGUACAUGUGAAGGUGUAGGGAUGGGAAAAGCUCUUUGUCGAAGUGUUGGUACUAUCAGAAAAUUAUAUUGAUGCUUUUAGUCCCAUGUCUUUCCCUGUAACUUACUUGCAAUAAUUUUUGAAGCCUUUAUUCUUCAGCAGUAAAUAUGCAGUGCGGUGUGCAAUAUUCAGAGUAUAUAAAAGAAAGUUCUUUGUGCUGGGAAUUCCAACUCUUCAGACAGUCCCAGUCUUAAAAGCAGGUUAGACCAAAAAAAAUAAAUAAAAUAAAAUAAAAUAAAUAAAAAAGCAAAAAAGCAAAUGUACAAUACAAAAAAAGAAGCCACAAAAUACUUGUGAUUUUAACAAAUGCAGUUUAUUUUCUGUAGUAGCUUUUGUACUAUAUUUUCCUAAAUAGUCCUUGGUUAAAAGACAAAUAGAAGACCAUAUAAAUAAAUAUAUAGUAUAUACAAUGACAGAACAUGAAACCAGGAUAAUGUUUGGGAGAACUCUGGCAUUUGUCCCUUAUCUCCAGCUGUCAUGCUGUGCCUUGACUGGUCGUAUCCCUGUUUCUCCCCCCAUCUCCUUGACACAUCCCUCCAGCCCUGCUCAGAUCCACAACCAGCCAGCCACCCUGCAGCUUCCAUCCUCAGAAUAGACUCUUCUUUGGCCUUUAGCACAAGGUGACGAGAAACAUUCGUUAGUCACCUCUGACCUCCAUCUUUUAAUUCUCCUAAAAUGUGCUUUCCAUUCUGCCAUGCAACAUCAUCCGCAUCACACUGGUCAUCUCCUCUUGUGGCAGCUCGUCUCACCCCAUUGAAAAGUGUUGUCUAAUCAACCCUGCCCUUGAGGCUCUUUUCAUAUAUAUUUUUUUUAUAAUAGCUGUCUUUUAUUGUCUUUAUGCCUAAGAUGUGUUUUGUAUUUCAAACAAUGAAGUGGAAGACCUUGGGAGAAGAGCAUUGGAAUCAAUCAUUAAUGGCAGCUCGAGUCCUCCCCACCCUCUCCCAAUGGUAGUUCCUGUUUUAGUGUUAAAGUGUGCUUAAGGUGAUGGUAGUAUUUGAUCCUCUGCCCAUAAAAGCAAAGAUACAGCAAUAUGAUUUUUUUGGUUUGUUUGUAAAGGGGUGGAGACUGGGUGUAUUGGUAAGCAGCACUGUUUCAAUACUAUGGUGCAUAUUGUGACCAACUCAUUGAGGUGUUUUUUUUUUUUUUUUUUUUUUUUUAUUAUUGUUAUUAUUUUAUCUCUCCAUUCUCUGUAAACACUGAAAGGAGGGAACAUGUUUUAUUUUAUAUCUUUUUUUAAAGCUACUUUUUCAUUGAAGAGUUUACAUUUAUGUCAUGGAUAUGCCUGACUGUUGUAGCAUUCUUUUUCAGUGUGAUUAAGUGAAUUGUUAAAAAAAGAAAAAAAGGAAAAAAAAAACCUCUCGCACAGAACCUCCCAUUAACAUGAUUUGAUCAAGAGUUAAGAGAAUUGUGCAUGAGAUUUUUUUCAAAUCUUUAAGAGAUUGUAGCUUUCAUUGGCAUUAUCUAAGAAUCACAUGUCACAUGCCAACUAUGUGAAAUCAAGCUAGUCAGCUUCCAGUGUGGUGAAAGAAAUACUUUGUAACAAAGACAGGGCUAUUCAGUGGCUGCAGGGUUUUUGAAAGCUUUAAAACACUAAAAUGAGUGUAUGUCAGCAGACAGGUACACAUAUAGUUAUGUGAAAAGAGCCAGGUGUCCAAGGAUCUUAGAUGUGUGUUCCAAAAAAAAAGUACAGAAGAUACAAAAGAUGCCAUGUUGUGAUGAUACUUUGUGUUUGUUGGGCCUUGCAGAUUGAGCUUUCCGCAGAGUAUGUUUGAUUGAGUUUACUUAAAGUCUGUGCGGCAGAAAAGCUAGAUGGCAUGGAGACAGGAGUCUGGGAGUCAAGGCUACUAAAGAACAGAAUGACCAAGAAGAAAAUAUAUAGCUAUAAAUUCCUUUUAUCUUUGUUAUACACAUAAAAGCACUUGAAGAAAGAAAGAACUUCCAUAAAAAAAGAUUCCUGCCAUAUAGAUUCUAUUAGAUAUAGACUUAUUUUUCUAACCCCUCCCAAUUUUAGGAGGCAUCAGUUGUAAUAUCAGAUUUAUAUCUUUAUAUGACUAGGUUUGUGACCCAUAUUUUCUGCUCACUUUCCUUCUCCCCUGCUUUUAUUUGUUUUGUGUUCAUGGAGCAGUUUGUUGACAGGUCAGCAUGUGUGGUGUAGCUCACAGAAUGCUUGCAUUUUAGCAUGAGAAAAACUUGCAGAAAGACUGCGAAGGGAGGGUUCUGUGCCAGAGACCUGUGAACAGAUUUCCUUUUAGAAAACAAGUAAUAUGCAUUCAGAUGUUGUAUGAUAUUGUAAAGGUGUUUUUUUUUCUUUGUGUGUCUGUGUGUAUGUACACAUAUUUACCUGGUGCUGGCUAUAUUUAAGCCCACACUCUAAGGUAUUAUGUAUUCUUGUAUUGUAAUAUAAAGAAUUAAAAUGUUUUAUACAUA